UUUCAGUUUUAUAUAGCUAGCUAUCCGAUUUUCCUUUUUCUUCCUUCCCUGAAGAGUUAGAGUUGUGAGUAGAGAUUGCUUAGAGAUAGAAAGAAUGAGGAAGAAGGUUGAUAACCGGAUUAAAACACUGAUAGAAAAUGGUGUUAGAAGUAGGCAUAGAUCUUUUUUCGUCAUUGUUGGUGAUAAAUAUCGUAAUCAGAUUGUCAAUGUUCAUUAUAUGCUUGCUAAAUCAAUGAUUAAGCCUCGCCUUAAAGUGUUAUGGUGCUACAAGAAUAAACUCGAACUAAGCAGUCACAGGAAAAAACGGGAAAAGCAGAUUAUGAACUUAAAACGGUGUGGCUCACUUGAUCCUGAGCAGGUUGAUCCUUUUACACUUUUUGUUGAAUCUGUAGAGCUGACAUAUUGCUUAUACCAACACUCAGAAAGGAUUCUUGGUAGUACAUUCAGCAUGUGUAUUCUCCAGGAUUUUGAGGCACUGACGCCGAAUCUUCUCGCAAGAACUAUAGAAACUGUAGAAGGUGGUGGAUUGGUUGUACUGCUUCUUCGAUCUCUUUCAUCUCUCACUAGUCUCUAUUCCAUGGUUAUGGAUGUUCACGAACGAUAUCGGACAGAAUCCCAUUUUGGAACAACUGCACGUUUUAAUGAGCGCUUCUUACUUUCCCUCACUUCAUGCAAAGCCUGUGUGGUUAUGGACGAUGAGCUGAAUAUCUUACCGAUUUCAUCACAUAUCAGGUCCAUCAAACCAAUUCCAGUGACCGAGGAUUUUGAGAGACUUUCAGAAACACAGCUUGAUUUGAAGAAUCUUAAGGAGCAACUUAAUGGUGAUUUCCCUGUUGGUCCAAUCAUAAAUAAAUGUUGUACACUUGACCAGGGGAAAGCUGUAAUUUCAUUCCUCGAUUCAAUUCUGGAUAAGACAUUAAGGAGCACUGUCGCCCUGCUUGCUGCUCGUGGCCGUGGAAAAUCAGCUGCACUUGGUCUGGCAAUCGCAGGGGCUAUAGCUGCAGGGUAUUCAAAUAUUUUCGUGACUGCACCUGUCCCUGAGAACGUGAAAACUCUUUUCGAGUUUGUCGGUGAGGGUUUCAGUGCUCUUGGAUAUGUGGAGCAUAUGGAUUAUGAUUUGGUUUUAAAUGCCAAUAAUGCUAUUAUGCGGAUAAAUAUCUACAAGCACCACAGACAGACAAUUCAGUACAUACAACCACAUGAGUAUGAAAAACUUUCCCAGGUUGAGCUUUUAGUUAUUGACGAAGCGGCAGCGAUACCGAUGCCCAUUGUGAAGUCUCUAUUUGGCCCUUAUCUGAUCUUCCUUUCUUCUACUGUCACUGGCUACGAAGGUACUGGCCGCUCCUUGUCUCUCAAGCUUCUGCGGCAGCUGGAAGAGCAGAGCCAGAAUCAGAAAAAUUUGGAAGGGUCUAUUUCCGGAAGACUUUUUAAAAAGGUAGAAUUAAGCGAAGCCAUCAGAUAUGCUCCUGGUGAUCCAGUUGAGUCAUGGCUUUAUGGCUUACUUUGCUUGGAUGCCACAAGCGUCGUUCCUAAUAUCACUAGGUUACCUCCUCCAACUGAGUGUGAUCUUUAUUAUGUCAAUCGCGAUACUCUUUUUUCUUAUCACAAAGACAGCGAAUUAUUUCUGCAGCGUAUGGUGGCUCUCUAUGUGUCGUCUCACUACAAAAAUUCUCCAGAUGACUUGCAACUAAUGGCUGAUGCUCCAGCACACCAUUUGUUUGUUUUACUUGGUCCUGUUGAUAAGUCAAAGAAUCACCUUCCAGAUAUAUUGUGUGUUAUCCAGGUGUGCCUUGAAGGUCAGAUUUCUCAAGAGUCUGUCUUGAAGAGUUUAAGAGACGGCCGACAACCUCAUGGAGAUCAGAUUCCAUGGAAGUUUUCUGAGCAAUUUCGGGAUACAGUGUUUCCAAGUCUUUCAGGUGCUCGAAUUGUUCGCAUUGCUGUCCAUCCAAGUGCCAUGAAACUUGGAUAUGGUUCGAUUGCGGUGGAUCUUCUAACAAGGUAUUAUGAAGGACAGCUGACUUCUAUCGAUGUGAUUGACGCGGAGAAGGAAUUCGAGGAAAUACACCCUAUUAGCGUAACUGAAGCAGCUGAAAAGGUUUCAUUGUUGGAAGAAUCUGUAAAGCCAAGGUGUGACCUUCCACAUUUACUAGUGCAUCUUUCUGAGCGUCGACCUGAAAAACUGCACUAUAUUGGUGUCUCCUUUGGGCUCACCUUGGAUCUAUUUCGCUUUUGGAGGAAAAACAAAUUUGCUCCUUUUUAUAUCUGUCAAAUUCCAAACGGCGUGACUGGUGAACACACAUGCAUGGUAAUCAAGCCGUUGACUAAUGAUGAUAUUGAAUUAAGUGGAUCUGACAAAUGGGGUUUCUUCUCUCCAUAUUAUCAAGAUUUCAGAAGACGGUUUGCCAGGUUCUUGGGCUCUAGUUUUAAAGCAAUGGAAUGUAAGCUUGCUAUGAGCGUCUUGAACCCGGAGAUCAAUUUCACAAAGAGUGAGCCUGCUGCUGAAAAUGGAUCACUGAAUGGAGUGUUAUCACCCCAUGAUUUAAGUCGAUUGGAAGCCUAUACCAAGCGUCUCGUAGAUUUUAAUAUGAUCCUUGACCUUUUGCCUAUUCUGGCUCAUUGGUAUUUCGAGGAGAAGCUUGGAGUUGCGUUAUCUCCUGUGCAGGCCACCCUUCUACUCUGCAUGGGCUUACAAAAUCAAAAUAUUACUUAUGUCGAGGGACAAUUAAAGUUAAAUAGGUCAGACAUUUUGAUAUUGCUUAUCAAAAUCAUGCAAAAAUUUUACAAAUAUCUGCACAAGGUUGCAGCUAGCGAGGCCGAGUCAGCACUACCUCGUCUUAAAAAGGUUGAAAUGUUACCUCACAGUAUAUCGUUGGAUGACGAGCUUAAUGCCGCAGCAAAACAAGUCAUGGGCAAGGUGAAAGCUGAAAGUGAGGGUUUGUUGAAUCCAGAAAUUUUGCAACGCUAUGCAAUCGUGGGCAAAGAAGUUGCCUUUGAGGAAGCUUUAGGGAACGGGAGUAGAAAGGUUGGUUCAGGAGGUGUUAUUAGUCUGAAGUCGACAAAACAGGAAAAGAAAAAAGAACGGAAAUCGAAAGAAUGGAGUUGCGGCAGCAGCAGCAAGAAAAGAGUCAAUGAAGACACUGGAUCCCGUGUACACAAAAAGAAGAAAAAUUAAGAUUAUUAUGCUUAUUUAUUUUAUUAUUUUAUGGAAGUGCUAGACUCACCUUGCUUUUGUCCCACAGUGUAUCCCGUGUGCAAAUCCUAAAGCCUUUAACUACGUUCUCAACAUUGAUAUUGGUGCCGUGUGUUUGGAAUUUCCUUUAUUUUAUCGGAAUAGAUCACUUUAAACUUAAGUUGUCUCAAAAAGGAAAAGGAUGCUCCCCUUUUUUAAUUUA